AAAAAAAAAUUUGUUUUUUUUUUUUUAAAAAAAUAUUUUUCAGUUUCUGAAUUUUCCCACACGACAAAAAAAAAUCCCUUUCUUUUAAAAAAAAAUACACCUUUUCUUUUUACAUUUAAUUUUUAAUUUCUAAUUCCUGCACAGCUCUCAAAGUAGAAUUUUACCCAGGGAAUUGAACAUUUCUAAUAACAGCAAUUACAGGUAUUAAUAACUAUGCAAAAAACCAAAAAAAAAAACCAAAAAAAUAAAGUCUUUUUCUUUUUAGGUUUCAGUAGUUUUCUUGGUUUGUCUUCAAAUGCGUGGAAAUUUGGUAAAGGAAUAAUUUGUACACGAACAGAAUUGUGGGUGGCUCUUUGGAUCUUUCCAGACAUGGAAUUUUUUAGACAGUACUGCAACAUCUUGGACAGAUGUUUUCCCAGCUUCCUAAUGAACCACUAUAACUAUUAUAAUAACUAUUAUAAUAAAAAAAUGUAUUGCAUAUUAUUUAUAUGUAAAAUCACUUGCCAUACACAGCCUAUGGAUUCCCUAUUUACCACAAAAUUCCAAAUUAAUGCUAAUAACCAUUCUAGACUUUAUAUAACAGUUUAGUAGAAAGGUAUCUGAUUUUCAUAAUUUUAAUUAGCCAGACCCGCAUGAAA